AUGACCCUGCCGCCGUAUACCCCUUCUGUGAGAGACACCGAACAGGUCAUCGCUCGAGAAGGCGAAAGAGGCGGCAUGGAUACCGUGGUCGAGUUCCCCGAGACUGUCGAUGACGAGGAACAACGAAGGGAAGAGGAAAUGGAGUCACUAUACCAAAUCCGCCGCACCCGCCGCCAAGAAAACACCGACCGCGAAGAACGCCGCCGCCUCCGCCGCGAAGCCCGCGAACGCGGCGACCUCGCCGCCCUCGAAGAGCUCCGCGAAUCCACCCGUGCCGCCUCCGAAGCCGUCCACACCAACCCGGAGCACUCCGCCGCGCUUAUCGCCGCACACCAGACCGUCAACCGCGACCGCCGCGUCUCGUCCGUGCAGUAUGGCAACAUCGGCGUUGUGCAGCACGACGGGUCGCGGCUGCGAUCGCACUCGACGGAAUCGGAGCGGCCGCUGCUAGAGGGGGCGGCGGGGAUGGAUGGGCAGGAGAGGAGCGUGAGUAGGUCGACGUUGACGACGCAUCAUCGUGGACGGUCGGCGUCGAGUGUCAUGAGCGUGUCGACAAACGCCUCGGACGACGGGUUUCACACGGCGGCAGCGUCGCCGGCGUUGUCGCUGUCACAGCCUUCGCGAAACGGGAACGGGGAGUCGGAGUUCGAGAUGGUGGCGGUGGGGGGGAGGGGAUCGUGGCCGUCGCCGAUGGCGAGAGCGCGGUCGAAUACGGGGACGACGGCGGAGGGGACGGGAGGGGAUGUGGCGGAUCAGCGGAUUCCCGAACUAGACCCGCCGAUGUACGAGGAGGCGUUUGAGGCGGUGCCGUUGGAGGAUGCGCCGCCGUACGAGUCGCCAGUGAGGGUGGGGGCGCCGCAGUUGCCGAUGCUGGAGCAGUUGCCGAGCAUCACGGUGACGGAGAGUCACUCCCCGGUGACGCCGCCAAUGGGGGGAGACGAACGGAGGUUUUAA